GCUGAGCAUCACACGCACGCGCGCGCGCGCACACACUGACUGCUGUGAGAUUAUCAGAGCGCUCGGCAGCAGAGAGAGAAAGAGGGAGACGCGGAGGAGAGCAGCAGCCCCACCGAUCCUCAAGCGACAGAGAGAGAGGCAGCGUCUGGAGCAAGAGCUGGGCGGGGAAAUAACUGCGGUACUGAAGAAAUACUUCAUUGCCGAACUGCAGAAAUUAGUCGGCAUCGCAACUUCGUCCGUGUAAAGCAAAAUGUCAUCGUCGGGAAAAGACAACACCUCCCAGCAUGCGAAUUACGUGGGACCGUAUCGCCUGGAAAAGACGCUUGGCAAAGGACAGACAGGCCUCGUGAAGCUGGGAAUCCACUGUGUCACAUGUCAGAAAGUUGCCAUAAAAAUUGUAAACCGGGAGAAACUCAGCGAGUCUGUGUUAAUGAAGGUGGAAAGAGAAAUAGCUAUUCUGAAGCUCAUAGAACACCCUCAUGUUUUGAAGUUGCACGAUGUCUAUGAAAAUAAGAAAUAUUUAUAUUUGGUUCUAGAGCAUGUAUCAGGUGGAGAGCUGUUUGACUACUUGGUAAAGAAGGGCAGGUUAACACCCAAAGAGGCCAGGAAGUUCUUCAGACAGAUCAUCUCAGCGCUGGACUUCUGCCACAGUCACUCUAUAUGCCACAGAGACCUGAAGCCGGAGAACCUGCUGCUGGAUGAGAAGAAUAACAUCAGGAUAGCAGACUUUGGCAUGGCUUCUCUACAGGUUGGAGACAGUCUCUUAGAAACCAGCUGUGGAUCCCCUCACUAUGCCUGCCCAGAGGUCAUAAGGGGGGAGAAAUAUGAUGGCAGGAAAGCUGAUGUAUGGAGCUGUGGAGUCAUUCUCUUUGCACUUUUAGUGGGUGCUUUGCCAUUUGAUGACGAUAACCUGAGGAACUUGCUGGAGAAAGUGAAGCUUGGAGUCUUUCACAUGCCCCAUUUCAUUCCUCCAGACUGCCAGAACCUACUGAGGGGGAUGAUCGAGGUGGACGCCACCAAACGACUCACGUUAGAACAGAUACAGAAGCACACAUGGUACAUAGGAGGGAAGAAUGAGCCAGAGCCAGAACAACCCGUGCCGCGGAAAGUGGCGAUCCGCACACUACCCUCUACUGAGGACAUCGACCCAGAUGUGCUUGAAAGCAUGCACUCGCUCGGCUGCUUCCGAGACAAGAACAAACUGAUGAAAGACCUGCUGUCAGACGAUGAUAACCAGGAAAAGAUGAUCUACUUCCUCCUGCUGGACCGUAAAGAGAGAUAUCCUUGCCACGAGGAUCAGAAUCUACCACCCAGAAAUGAGAUUGAUCCUCCCAGGAAGCGAGUGGACUCUCCACUCUUGACAAGGCACAACAAGAGGAGGCCAGAACGCAAGUCUAUGGAGGUGCUGAGCGUGACAGAGGGCGGGUCUCCUGUUCCUGUGAGACGUGCCAUCGACAUGGCACAACACGGACAGAGUAAAUCUGUUUUCAGUAAAAGCUUGGAUAUCUCAGAUGCCAACCCCAUACUGCAAAGCAAGGAGGAGAGGUCCCGGUCCAUCAGCGGAGCCUCUUCUGGUCUGUCCACUAGUCCCCUCAGCAGUCCUCGGCCCAUGCGGCGGUUCGCCGUUCCACCACAAUCCGCAGAACUCACACAGUCGCCCAACCACAGCCCCACUCACGCGCCUGUGUCCCGGAUAAAUGGCACAGGCCCCCACUCCCCCAAAACCUUUCAACCAAAGACAGUUGCCCAUCAACCCAACAACAAAACCCAGACCCUUCCAGCCAAGCCCAAAGUUGCAGACAAGCCCCUGCAGGCCACCAGGUCCAACCCACUCCCUAACUCGACGGCCGUGCCAUCUACGGCCAAGUCAGAACCUUCUAUGCCCUGCCAACCCCUGCUCCCGCCAAUGCCCGGCAGCCCGAAAGUGCGCCGGCCACCGCUCACGGUGCCGCCCAAGCUCUCUGUUCCCCUUUCCCCCCUUUCACCCAUCCGGCUUCACCACCUUCACCCGCUGGCCGGGACUGAUCACAACGGCAAAUCUAUCCCCACCAUACAGGUCACGCCCCACCCCUCCCCCAGGGGCAGCCCAUUGCCAACUCCGAAAGGAACGCCGGUGCACACACCUAAGGAGAGCCCAGCAGGAACCCCUAGCCCUACGCCACCCCCCAGCCCCUCUAUUGGAGGCAUGCCGUGGAGAACACGCCUCAACUCCAUUAAGAACAGCUUCCUUGGCUCACCACGCUUCCACCGCAGGAAACUACAAGUUCCCACACAAGAGGAAAUGUCCAACCUAACACCAGACUCUUCCCCUGAACUUGCCAAAAAAUCUUGGUUUGGAAAUUUUAUUAACCUCGAAAAGGAGGAGCAGAUCUUUGUGGUGAUUCGGGACAAGCCUCUGAGCUCCAUCAAAGCAGAUAUUGUGCACGCCUUUCUCUCUAUUCCUAGCCUCAGCCACAGUGUGGUGUCUCAGACGAGUUUCCGGGCAGAAUACAAAUCCACAGCUGGCCCCACUGUGUUCCAAAAACCAGUGAAGUUCCAGGUGGACAUCACCUAUACCGAAAGCACGGCUGCCACCAAGGAGAACGGCAUCUACUCUGUCACUUUCACACUGCUCUCAGGUCCCAGCCGGCGCUUCAAACGUGUGGUGGAGACGAUUCAGACUCAGUUGUUAAGUACACAUGACCAGCCUGGUGUCCAGCAGCUGUCUGGAAUUAUCCAGAAAACGUGUUAAAGCCCCAAGUCCUGCUCUUGCACAAGAUUCAUGUAUGGCACAUUGAUGGAGGGCACAUUACACAGGAAGUUCAGUACAAGCAGCUGAGGGAAACUCCUCAUUCUGAUGCAUCUAAGCACCCCAAACACCAACAAGAGCUCCAACCUAUUCCUCAACUCCUUCCUUCUGCAGCUACUGUACAUACAGCCACACAUGUCCGAGGAUUUGGAGUGAAGCCUUAAAAUAAAGAUGUUUAUGAAUUCUCACUAAGCUAACCCACAAUUCAACUUUUUAUUUAAACAUACUUUUUUUUUUUCCUUGCUCGUCUUCUUUCCUCCCUUCUCUGCUCAUGCACACACAAACACACAGACGUACAUACCGGACAUCGUUACAAACGGAGAAUGGAACUCUGGAUAUCAUAACGCACGUGUUUGAGGAGUUGCCCUCGAGGACCGUGGUUGGAUUGUAUUCUUUUCGAUAUAGUCUUUCUUUGUGAAAUGAAGAAUUUAAAACAUUUUAUGGACUCAGUGUCAUUGCUGUACAAGAUUUGGAGAUCCUAUUUGAAAAAUGGUGGGGAUGAACUUUGGGGUGGGCUGUGGACUGGGACACAGGGGUGGGAGGGGGGCGUCACAGUAAAUGAUCUAUUCUGUUGUACAGACUGAAAAUAUUUCUUAUGUAACAAAUGUCUAUCAGUGACAUUGCUUAGAUGAAUUGUGUUGCCACUUCCUGUUUUUUCUCAUGUAGCGUUCAUGAAAUGUUAGUUUUGAAUGACGAUUAUGCUUAAUGUAAUUUCAAUUUGUAUUUAUUUUGUGUUUACUUUUUAUUGAGAAACAUCUGCAGGAUUCAGAGACCUUUUACCCUUUUUUUGUAACUUAUUUAUGUGUUUUCGUCUUUUUUUAAUUUAUUCAGUUGGGAAUAUUUAUAUAUACAAAACUGGGUGGUUGAGAUUUUAUUGUUUGCAUCAGGGUGACUCAUCAGAUUGUUUGAAGGAUCUUGUGUUUUGUGUAUAACACUUAUCCAAUUUUGUGAAUGAAGCACUCUUUCUUUCCUGGCUUUGAACAGAUUAAAGAGCUUGUAGUAUAUGUUAAAUUAUUUACUGAUAAUUUAAGGCUACGUUAACAUGACAACGAUGUAGUCAAAAAUGGAAAAGUUUUUCUCUUACGUUUUUAAAAAGUUUCACGUAUACAUGACAACGUUUUCAAAACGAUCCACAUUUACACAUAUCUGCAAAAACAGCCAAAAACUAUGUAUAACGUAUGCCAGGCCAGUAGUUGGCGCUGUCACCGUGUAAGUAAACAGUACCUGUAGGGAAGUGACGAUUAUAUGUUGUCUAUGAUGCGUCUCCUAGUCUCCACUGUUGGUUGUAAUAUUGGUGAAGUAAAUCCAUACUUUGCUGAAGAAGGGUUAGCAAACUCUUGAGCAGCAACAACAGUACCAUGAUUCCCAUGUUGGGUGUUUACAUGGAAACGAUAACGGUGCCGUUUUCAAAAACUUGCACUUUGAAACCUGUUUUCAAAAAUAUGCGUUUUCAGUCCCCAAAACACCGUUGUCAUAUAAACGAACAGUAGAAACGCAUGAAAAGUUUCCUGUUUUUGGCUGAAAACGUUGUCGCGUAAACGGCCCCUAAGAAUGUAGACUAGCCUCUUUGGGGGGGGGGGCGGGGGGGAUAAUAAAGUAUUGAUAUUUGUCACUCAUCUCAUUGUGCGUGUAAAACAGGUGGAUGAGCUCAAAUCACAUGUUGUAAAUAGAUAACUUUGGGCAAACGACUUUCUUAAAACCAUCAAGGGGAUCCUGCUGCUCCUGACUAUCUCUCGUAUUGCAUGUCCGACAUUCAGCUUUAAUUUGCAUGAUGUUGUGGAUGUUAAAUAUCUCCUUCCCUUCACCUUUUUCAUCAUCAGCUUAUUUCCCCGUUAUCAUGCCUUCAUUUUCAGUUGGUCGUUUUUCUCUCAUCUCCCUUAACGUGAACGCUGUCUGGCCACAUGCUCUGCUGCUGCUCAUGCUCAUGAUGGUGGUCUGGGAUUUCUUAACACUUGAUCACUUGUGGGAACAUACAGCGAGGAGAAUAAGCGGAGAUGUAAUCUAAGCAAUACACAUUGUUGUCCUUCCUAUUUUGUACUUCGGGAGAAAAAAGGAGCGAAUCUGGAUUGUGAUGUAUCACAGAUUUGAUUAAUACAGAGCGGGGAAAAAUAGAAUUGCCGCUAAUGUAUCCCCUUGUAACUAUACUGUGAACAACUUCACUGCAACGGAAAUAAAUCCAUUGACUUUG